AUGGAUCCGAACUCAUUUAUCACACUUCAAAUCGAUGUGCUCAUGUCGAGUUGUAACAUUCUCAUCUGGAUACACAUCUCAACAAUCACCAUCCAAGUCAAUUCUCAAAGUACCUGUCACCAGAGAAACCAAAAUACAGGAAAACUUGCUAUCCAACCAACGCCAGUUACAGAAAGCGUCAUGUACAACAUACCAUUAACUACUGGUAUUGGCAUUGACUAUUUAAAAUCAAUCUUCGGGAUAUCGAGCAACAGUCAAGUUAGAAUGGAAUCUCGAAACCAAAAGAUUGAGAAAAAUCCACUUGCAGCUUUCAUCGCUUCAUUUAUCUUUUCCCUCAUAAUACUCACAACACUCAUCUACCAACUGCAUAACUAUCUACUCAACCCCAAGCCUCUCCAAGCAAAAGCCACUCACUUCAACACCCAAAACCCCACCGCCAACGAGCUCGUAAACGAAAACCCUCUCGCUCCCCACCAGCAUCUUGAGCCCCCUCAACCAACCGAGCAAAAAGUUAUAGAUUACUUCAACCCCCGUUUCCAAGGCAUCCCAGAUCUACAGCAUCUGAGAAUACAAGUUCGAGAAAACAUGGAUGCGAUUUUCGAGGGUGCGGCAUUGCCCUGGCCGGAAAUCAUGGAGAAGGGAUUUGGAUAUACGACGAUGGCGGAGAUCGAUCGGGAGGUGGGGUUGCAGAGACGACGAAUUCAAGACUCUGAGCAAGUGGAGCGAGAUGGGAAUGCGAAGGGAGCGCACCCUCGUGAUAAAGAUGAUAAAGGUGACACUCCGGGGUGGAUGCUAGCGCUCUUCGAACAUGGACAUGGAAAGAAAAAUCCAGAUGCUUCUACUUCCCCCGCAAAGAAAGAAGAAGAGAAAUCCACAUGUCCAAUCUGUACAGAUGAACUUCCUACUAAAGCAGCGAUUGCAAAACCGUGUAAACAUCGGUUUUGUACCACGUGUCUAGAGGAUUGGAUGGCGCAUUUGAGAGGGAUGGGAAAGAGGCAGAAGGUUAGAUGUCCAGUUUGUGGAGUGAGGAUUAGGAGGGUAGGAAGGGGUGGGGGGUUGAUGGAUAGGGUUAACGAGGCUUUGAGAAGGAGAUAG